AUGGAUCAAAACGUGCCUUCACAAUCGAAAUCUGCGCAACCGGCCAGGAUUGGAAAUAAUGGCCUGGGUCUAGGAGAAGUGGUGUCUAGGGCGAGCAAGCGCACUCGAGUGCUAGUUACAAAGGCCAGAGAAAAUGUAUCUCCGCCCACUGACAAUACGUCGAAAGAUUUGAUAUCAGCACAUUCUUUUGGGGAUGUUUAUGGUAGCAAAAAACGAUCUAGACGGACCAUUGAAAUAACAUCGGGUUGUACUGAGAUGAAAUCCUCUGAAUCUGAAUCUGACGAGACGAUAAGCCUACUCAGCCCGAAGUUUGGCGCCUCUUCUAGAAUGGUUUCUCGUGAACAAUUCAUUCCCAUUGAUUCCUCUCCUCUAUUCAAUGACUUUGGGCAGAGGUAUCACGGGUCGCAAGUGGUCCACGAGGUGGAUGACCCGGUGCUUGAGGAGCUUAUUAAUAGCCUUAAUCGUCACAAACCUACAUCUUCCACAGAUCGUGAAGUUAUUACUGGAGAGAAUAGAUGUAAUGAUUCCUCAAAUAAAAAGGACAAGAUCAUUGGAAGAGUUACUACAAACUCUCAUGUUUCAGAUGGAUCUAGGAGAAAGGAGCCUCUCACGUCCUUAUGCUUCAAACAGGAAAUUCUUGGAUGUGGAGCACAACUGAAAAGAAAAUAUUCUGAAACGUUAACAUCUGAUUUAUCUCUCCCCUCGAAUAGUUUGGCUGUAAAUGCAUCAUCUGCUGAUUUUUAUAUCCCUCAUUCAUCUAUUUCAACCCUUUCGGCUAAGUUCAAUACAGGCAACAGUGCACCAACUCCAAUGCUCACACCAGACCUCUUUCCCUCUACUCUUAUGCCAGCUGAUCCAGUUGAUAGUCACGAUUCUGAUACCUCCAUGUGCGACCCAGAUUGCCAAUCUGUCUGCUGUCUACAUUCGACGCCUUCGCGUAUUCCGUUGAGUUCACCAAAGAUUUCAGCAGGGGCAUCAGCAGACCACUUAGUUGAAUUGCCUGUUCCUGUUUCCGCUAUAUCAGGAACUGGUGGACUUGACCUAAGUAUUUCGGAUAUGACUGAUUGGUCACUUAGUCGUGAUGACUCUGCGCCUGAAUCUCUAAAUAAUGCUGAGAAUUUUGAUCUUCCCCUGCUUCCUUACUACCGUUGCCAAGUAUUCGAUGUGAAGAGAUCCCGCAACGAGCUUCAGGCUACUUUCGAAUGGCUUGCUAGUACUUUGCAGGCAACUGGGAAAUCUCCGAACCUUAAGAAGCCAGUAUUCAUCAAAGUUACCCUUAGGGAUUCUUGGUAA